AUGUUGUCUUGUAAGCCUCCUGACAUGCAUAUAUUCAAAUCAUUCUCAGUCACCUUUUGGUACAAACAAGGAAACACAGAUAAUUUCUACAAUAUAGUUGAGUUGAAAAAGUCAUUUUUAAUUUACUAUGAUAAAACUGCAGAGAUGAUAAACUUCUCAAACUAAGAUAUUAACAACCCUACUGAUGCCUAUCUGAGUAUUACUAAAGACAAAUGGCACUAUAUGAACUUCCCACUAAAGAUAGAAGCUUAUAAUAAAAUAAGUCUGAGAUCUACUACAUACGAGUACAAAAAUAUGCUGAGAUAUUUUAGAUUCGAUAAAAUUUUAAAUGGAGAACUAAUCUACGACUACUCGUUCUAGAAAGAGCAUUGCGUAAACUUUCAAUCAUCUAUCUGGACAAAAGAUUCUGUUGUAGAAAAGAUUUUGACUCUAAACUCACUAACUUAAAUUGCAGUAGACACUUCAUAUGAAAACUGGAAUCUCGUAUUGAAUUAGAAUGGAAUUAGCAUAAAUCCACCUCAAAGAAUUACCAAUUAUGAGGAGGGAAUAACUAUUGAGUUUUGGUUCAAUUUAAAGAACCUUCCCUCCACUUCGUUUGAAUUGAUAUUGUUCUACUUAAAUGUACCAUCCUAAGGUUCUUUGUAUCAAUAUAUGUCAUCUGCAACUAAUCUUUAGCAAUUGUUUUUGAAUUAUUAAGGAUAUGCAUCUUCCUUUUCAUUUUCAGGUUCAGUAACUGUAUAGACAAGUAAUUGGUACUAUUACGUUAUAACUUUUAAUCCGAGAUCAAAGUGUUUUACUCAAAUAAUAGGAAAAGGAGAAGUAAACGUUCCUAGACAGAGUAAUAGAAAUUGCUUCACUUCUGCAACAUCUCCUUUAUAUAAUAACAUUAAUAUGCUGAAGUUUAUGUAUGUCUAAAAUUGUGGUUCAGACUGCUCAUCAUUUUAAAGCUUCAUUUAAGAGAUCAAAAUCUGGGAUACCAUCAGAAUAGACAAUUUGAUUUGGAGUUAUUCAAAAACUAUAAUGACUAAAAUAGAAAAUCCAGCAUUAGUUGGAUACUGGAGAUUAAUUUAUGAGAUAUAGAACUAUGGCAAUUAUGUCUUCGAUUAUAGUGUUAAUUCAAAUGACCCUGUAGAUGUUAGUAGUUUGUCAUGGCUUACUCCUUCUUCACUGCUAGAACUUUGUUAAAAUGACUAACUAUUAGACAUCACAAUUUUCACUUGUUAGUCGUAUACCUAAUAGUAAUCUUCAUUAACUGCAGCAACAAGUUAAUUUAAAUUUAAUUUCCAAAAUUCAACUCAUUUACUAAUUAAUAACGUCAUAAUGGGAAGCUGGGAAUGGACUGCAGACUUUUGGAUGUUAAAAAACUCUGAUACUGAUUAUGCAACUCCAUUCUAUAUUGGAGAGUAUGAAUAUCAUCAUAAUUAUUUCGAUGACUACUAAAUGAUGCCUUAAGUAAUGUUUAACAUUUAAGGUUGUUGGAUUAAUACGACUGUAUACUAAGAUUGUUAUAUGAAGAGUUUUAACGAUGGUAGGUACUCUACUGCAAUGACAAAUUUCUACUAAAAUUGCUCAUUAGAGAAUAACUCUACUCUGGGUUGCUAAAAUCUUUGUCAGUAUUCAUCUAACUGUGAUAAUACUUGUGACACUGUCCAUAAGUGUAAAAUCUAUUGUGACAAUGCUUAAUUAUGCAAGGGAUCAUUUAAAAAUUCUAUUGAUCCUUAAUUUACUUGCCAGUCAUCCAGCAAGACAUGUAAUGCUACUUUUACUGAUAAUUCUAAUAACAUUAAGCUAAGCUGCAGCGGAGUCUAAACUUACUGUGGCAUUACUAUUGACUCGAGUAGUAGCAACAAUAUGGCAGUAUCUGGUGAUCUAAGUUUUUCAAUUGAUUCUAUAUUAGAUUGUUAAUCUUCAAAUUAUUGUGAAAUUAAGUCAACUACUACAUACAAUUAGGUCUUAGAUUGUACUAGUGCCACAAAGUGUAGUGGGAACUUCACUGAUGCAUUUGUGACAUCAUCUACUGCAAGUGACUAUUAUAAUGUCAUAAUUGCAGUUUCUGCAAUUAAUCCGUCAUAUACAUUUUCUAACUCAGAUAGAAUAGCUCUAAAUUGCUGGAAAGCUGAGAAUUGCUAAUUAUUCAUUAAUAGUCCAAGGAAUCUAAAUAGAGAUUGCUCCUAUUCGACAUAAUAUCAUAAAAUUAAUGCUUAAGCUACUACUGGCUAUAAUUUCUUCACACUUGAUUAAAGCUCAUCAGUUUACCAUAACUUCUUAGCAGCUAUAGAUUGCUCUAGUUCUUCCUCUUGCUAAAAUGAGAUUAAAAAUGGGCCAAUAUGUUCAACUAACACCAAAUUGCAUAUUAUUGAAUGCGACAAUGCAGUUCAGUGUAUUAAUAGCUUUACUAAUACUCAUCUCGUGUCCAUCUAAUGUGAAUUAACUAAAACUUGUACAAAUACUAUCAAAACAUCAACAUUGCAAGAUAUUGGAGGUAUUUAUAAGCUUUAUCCUUACAUUAAGUGCAAAAGUUCAGAUGCAUGUACAACUACACUGACUGAUGUCGAUUAUUUUUAACUAGAUUGCUAUAAUACUAAGUCAUGCGUCGUAAAACUAACAGGAACAACAAGUAACAAUGAAGUAAGUGGUUCUGACACAGAUUUUAAGCUGUACUCAUAUAUAAACUGUUAAAAAUCAUACUCAUGUAAUUUGGAUAUCACUAACGGAGCCAAUUAUGUAUUUGUUGAUUUACAAAAUUCUCAAACCUUGAGUUCUUCUUCAAGUUCAAUUUCAUUUACAGGCACAAUUUCUACUAACGAGGCUUUUUAUCCAGUUAUUUUAGCUCAAUCAAGUUAAUCUGUUCAAAUAUAGAUAAAAUAAACAACAGAUGCAUUCAUAGAUUGUGCAUACGCAACAUCUUGUGUGAUUUCACUUGACACAAUAUAUAGAUCUGCUACCUCAUUAACUUCACCGCUUACCUAUCCGUAAAUACUGAAUUUAACAGAGGCAACAAGUAGCUCUGUGACAAUAAAUAAUUCUCCUGCAGCAUAUAUCAAUUGCAAAAAAUCAAAGACAGCUUGCAAAGGAACUAUUUCACUCACAACAACAUCCUACAAUAGUGACACCUGUAAUAGCCCAUAUACCAUAUUCAAUAAAAUGGAUUGCUCAGAAUCAACUGGAAAAUGUACUAUGAUUUGUGCAUCUACAGCAAAAUUCUGCUAAUUGAAUUGCCAGAAAGCUAGCAAUUGCUUUUCAACAUUCACUUAAUUAGCUGAUUCUAGUUAUCCUUAUGUUUGUUCUCUACAGAUAUUCCUGAACUAUGUUGAUUGCUCGUCUCCAACUGCUACUUGCACAAAUACAAUGUCAUAGACACCAUUUUACUAUGUAAAAUGUGAGAAUGUUUGCACAAACUCUUUGAGCACAGUUGUACCAGUUAGUUAGAGUCCUAAUGGAAAUUUAAAUCCAGACUAUUCUAUAUACCCCUACAUAAAUUGUGAUUAUACAACAGCAACUUGUACGAACACUUUGGCUAAUGUUUAUGAAUUUUACAUCAAUUGCUAAACAUCUUUAAAAUGUAAAAAUACUGUUUCAGGAUAAUCAACUUAUUCCUACUAAGUUUAUUAAGAUUAUUCAGUGCACUCUAUGUACUCAAUAAUAAAUUGUGAAAAGUCAAAAUCUUGUGAAAAUUAAAUCACUUCUCAUGUUCCUAUUUAUAUUAAUUGUAAACAAGCUACUUAUUGCAAGAAUACAAUUUUAACAACUAAUGUGGUUUUUACAUUUAUGGGCUUUAGAAUAUAUCCUCAGAUUGAAGCAGAUUAUGCAACAGGCUAAAUCAUCAACAUAGUUACAACAGCAUGGGGUGUUAGGAUUUUAUGUUCAGCUGUUUCCACUUCUUCUUGCGAUAAUACAUUGUCGACUGUAUUUGAUUUCAUAAUCGAUUGCAAAAUGCAGAAUUGCAAUAAUGUUAUUAGUACAGGAGCAAAUUCUGUUAUUUCAGAUUAUACAACUACUCUAGAGACCUAAUAUUCAAUAAUCAAAUGCAAUGGAAAGGAUGGUUAAAUUUGCUCUAACUCGGCAACCUCAGCUAAUUAAGUAUAUAUAGUUUGCAAUACUUUUAAAGUCAAAUGUACUAACACAAUAUCUACUGCAAAUUAGGUUCCAAUAGCUGACUCAACAUAUAAUUCAGUAAAUUUCCCAUACAUAAACUGCAAUGGGCUUUAAUCACCAGGAUCUUGCACAAACACUAUUUCAAGUUAUAAUGUAGCUUUAAUAGAUUGCGAAGGAUCAAUUAAUGCUUGCACAUCGACACUUUCUACAGGUCCUUCAACUCAGCCAUCAUUUGAGAGCCUAAUAUCUUGUUACAAUACCAAAAAAUGCUCAGGCACUUGCACUUCAACAUAAUUUUGCAUAAUUGAUUGUGAAAGUUCAUCAGAUACUUGCACUUCGAAAAUUAGUUUGAGCGUUAGAAGUACAACCCUUGCCACUAAUACCUUAGCUUAUCCUUUUGUAAAUUGCUAUUCUGCAAAAUGCUCUGGAACUUGCGAUUAAUCCACUGAUUGUCUUCUUUAUGGUUAUUAAUCUCUUUCAGGAAGUACAUAUACAGUUAAUAAAGCUUCCAGCACUUGA